ACGAGCGAACGUCCGAUUAUUCGUUCCUCACGCUUAAACCUCAAUUUCGAAUUAUUCUCAAAGUCGUUUGAAUUAAUCAAAGUAAUCGUGUAAAUUUACUUCGCGAGUGAGUAUUCAAUAAGUGGCAACCCCGUUCUGGGCUUCGGUCUGAAGGUGUGCUUGCUGCCCAGCCAAGGAUACCAUGAUGUACACAAUGUUAUGUCAUCCACCAGGCCCGUCUAAGGUUCCCCUCGCUAUACUGGCAUUGAUCGCUGUUAUGACUAAUGUUGUAAGAGCUGAAGAUGAGUCGAUGGGACCGGUAUUUGUCAAGGAACCCCCAAAUCGUGUGGACUUUUCUAAUGGAACUGGUGCUGAGGUCGAAUGUCAGGCUCGAGGUAAUCCACAACCGGAUAUCAUAUGGGUUCGUGCUGAUGGUACUGCUGUUGGAGAUGUUCCUGGACUAAGACAGGUUUUGCCAAAUGGAAAUUUGGUAUUCCCACCAUUCCGAGCUGAAGAUUAUCGCCAAGAAGUUCAUGCUCAGGUUUACAGCUGUUUAGCAACAUCUCCAGCUGGAUCCGUACAUAGCCGAGAUGUCAACGUCAGAGCUGUCGUUCAACAGAUUUAUGAAUCACGCGUCAUCGAUGAGUUUGUACUGAGCGGAAAUACAGCGACUCUCAAGUGUCUUAUUCCUAGUUUUGUUGCUGAUUUUGUCGAUGCUAUUGAAUGGAUCGCGGAUGAUGGAACAAGUUAUACUAUCGAUGAUCUAGAGGAAAAGGAUGGGAAAUACUUAGUACUGCCUUCCGGUGAAUUGCACAUUAGAGAUGUUGGACCCGAGGAUGGAUACAAGACUUAUCAAUGCAGAACUAAACAUAGGCUUACUGGAGAAACUAGAUUGUCAGCUACCAAGGGACGACUUGUCAUCACCGAGCCCGUCGCCAGUGCAAGACCGAAAUUUCCGAUGACAGACACCUCUCGAACUUACACAAUCCGUCAUAGUAGGACCCAGACCCUCUUUUGUCCAGCGCAGGCGUAUCCCAUUCCAGCUUUCAGAUGGUACAAAUUCCUCAAUGGGACAACACGUAGACAGCCAGUACAGCUGAAUGAUCGCAUACGUCAAGUCAGCGGAACCUUGAUAAUUCGUGAGGCCCGAGUUGAAGAUUCUGGAAAGUAUCUCUGCAUUGUUAACAAUUCAGUUGGCGGUGAGAGUGUCGAGACGGUAUUGACUGUAACAGCACCACUUGGAGCUGAAAUUGAACCUCGUACCCAAACUGUUGACUUCGGAAGACCUGCAACAUUUACUUGUAAUGUACGAGGCAAUCCCAUUAAAACUGUUUCAUGGAUGAAAGAUGGAAAGCCCCUUGGACAUGAGGAGUUGGUACUACGAAUUGAUAGUGUUAAGAAGGAGGACAAGGGAAUGUAUCAAUGCUUUGUAAGAAAUGAUCAGGAGAGUGCGCAAGCUACAGCUGAGUUAAAAUUGGGAGGACGGUUUGAACCACCGCAGAUUAAGCAAGCGUUUACUGAGGAAACAUUACAGCCAGGGCCCAGCAUGUUCUUGAAGUGUGUUGCGAGUGGUAAUCCCACCCCUGAAAUUACAUGGGAGCUUGAUGGAAAACGACUGUCAAAUACUGAGAGGCUACAAGUUGGACAAUACGUUAAGGUCAACGGAGAUGUUGUUUCACAUUUGAACAUAUCCAGCAUUCACACAAAUGAUGGAGGACUUUACAAAUGUAUUGCCGGAUCUAAGGUUGGUGCAGCUGAACAUUCUGCUCGUCUCAACGUGUAUGGUCUUCCAUUCAUCCGUCACAUGGACAAAAAAGCGAUCGUAGCUGGUGAAACUCUUCGCGUAACUUGCCCAGUAGCUGGUUAUCCCAUUGAGAGCACUGUAUGGGAGCGUGACAACCGUGUGCUACCAAUCAACCGAAAGCAGAAAGUUUUUCCCAAUGGCACACUCAUCAUCGAGAAUGUUGAAAGGCAGAGUGAUCAAGCGACCUACACAUGUGUUGCAAGGAAUGCCCAAGGAUAUUCAGCACGUGGUACACUUGAAGUUCAAGUCAUGGUUGCACCACAUCUCCAGCCUUUUUCUUUCGAUGAGACCAAUUCCGGCGACCUCGUUAUCGUUCAGUGUGCAGUAAUGAAGGGAGAUACUCCAAUUUCAUUGAAAUGGUUAUUUGACGGACGUCAUUUAGAGGUCAAUGAUGAUGUUAAGAUUACGUCAAUUGGUGAUCGAGUGUCGGCGUUGACGAUACCAUCUGUUAGUGGAGAACAUGCUGGAGAGUAUGCGUGUAUUGCCGAUAAUCCAGCCGGUCGGGCAAGACAUAGUGCACAUCUCAAAGUUAAUGGUACUUUGUGCUAAGUUUUCAAUCCCUCUUGAAACAAAUUGACUCUUAAUCUUCGGUAUUGUUACAGUGCUUUAUUGUAGAUAGAUUAUAAUCAUGAAGACUGGCACGGUUGAGUAGUGAAUUUAUAAAAGCAAAUCAGAAUGUAUGAGAAGCGAGGGACUCUUAACUUCUGAAAGAGUCAUCUGCCAACUGAUCUCAAUUUUAUUCUUUUGAGUCAUCCAGUUGCUUUAGAGAGCUACCAACAAUUUUUUUGCAGUCAAUGAAAUCAAUGAAAAGAAAUCAAGAUAUAUAUAUGGGGUGUUCCAUGCCAAAUCGACCGCUUUUCAACCGGAUUUCCCAAUUUUUUCAAAUUUGUUUACCCAACCCAAAAAAAGUUACGAAUUAAAAAAAAUAGUCAUUACUCCUGCCAAACUACUCCAUCUACAAUUAUAAUGACUAAGAUUACUGUUUUUUACACUUAAAAUUGAAAGAAUUAAAAAAUAAUGCAGCAAAUUAUUUAUUAAUUUUGUCUCUGACGUUUAAA